CAUUUGGGGUAAUUACUUCCCCCCAUCCUCCCUUCUCCUCACAACACUACCACUACCACAACUUCUCAUCACAAUACCACCACACCACCCUCCUUGCAACCACGAAAAUUCACCUUCAUUGUCCUUUUAUUAUGGUGGUUUAACUUUUAUUACCCCCAUCAUCCAUUACACUCAAUCCAAGCGUAUCCUUAGACUAAUAAAGCCGUAAAAUCAUCUGCAUUUCCCUUAUUAAAUAGCUUACUGAGUUUUGGAGAAUUGGAGCUGUUAGUUGCAACGAUACAAACUUUGAGCAAUUUCUACUCAUAAUUGAGUCCAGAAUGGGUGAUGUUGUGGUUCUUAAGUUUCAGUACAGGGGGGUUGAUGUUGAUGUAGUAGUUGAUGAUGUUGUUAAGGUCAUGUUAAUUGAUCUGAUUAUAGAUUACUGGGAUACGGCUGUUCGAAGUAAGAAACGGACACCUAAAUACCCUUCAUUUGCAUAUGCGCAUAAGAUGAAACAUUUCGCACUAAAGUCUGAUAAGGACUUGAGGAUGAUGUUUAACAACUUAAGUGGUCGAGACUGUAUAUACAUUUGGGUCGGAGAGGUAUCGGCUUCUUCUAAAAUUGUGAAGACUGCUAGGGCACUGAGGACAUCCCGGAUUGCUAAACAACUUAAAGAAAGUAUGCUUGAGUUAAUUCCAAUAAUGGAGUCUGAGGAUAAUGGAGUAUCAACUUCUUAUGGAAAGAAAAUUCCAAGAAUUACUGCAUGGAGGAAGGGUUUGGUUUAUAGGUCAAAUUUUAUUUCGGAGAAACCUACUAUUACUAAGCCUAGUGAGGAGCUAGCGGUUGAAGACUGUGAGGGUCAAUUUGAAGAACAGUUGUCUGAUCAGGAUAUGGAGGGUGAAGAAUCAACUGAAAACAGGGAUGAUGAUGAAGAGUUGUCUGAUCAAGUUGAUGGGGAUGCAGAUAUGUCUGAAGAUGAUUAUGAAACCAAGAUGUAUGAGGAUGAGGAGUUUGGGAAAAUUGUUAUCAAACCUUGGCAUAUAUUCACUGAUAAGCAACAUUUGAGAGAUGAUGUGAAGGACUACUGCAUCCAAAAUGGGAUUUCUAUUGUGGUUGUUAGGGCCGACAACUUCAGGUGGACGGUUAAAUGUUCCGCUAACUGUGGUUGGAAGUUGCAUUCUUCAAGGCUUCCUGACGGAGUUACAUGGGGAAUUAAAUCCAUCCGAAAUUCAGAACAUAAAUGCAGUGGUUUUGAGAUUAAGAAGCCAAUGGGGAUAUGGGCAACUAAAGUUUUAAUGGAAGAUAUCAGAGAUAACAAUCUUAUUUCUGCAAAAUCAAUGAAUGAGAUCUUGUGGAAGAGAUAUGAGGUUCAGAUGGCUCCAAUAACACUUUAUAGGGCGAGAUCUCGGGCAUUGAUUGAGAUGAAGCGUAAGAGGAGCAAAACUGUACAAUUUAGUAAGUGCGAGUCUUUUGGCCACAAUGAUAUGGAGGGUGAAGAAUCAACUGAAAAAUGGGGAUGGUGAAGAAAUGCCUGAUCAUGGUGAUGCAGAUGUGUCCGAAAAUGAUUAUGAACCCAAGAUAUAUCAGGAUGAGGAGUUUGGGAAAAUUGUUAUCAAACGUUGGCAUAUAUUCACUGAUAAGCAACGUUUGAGGGAUGUUGUGAAGGAGUAUCUCAAACUGGGAUUUCUAUUGUGGUUGUUAGGACCGACAACUUCUGAUGGACAGUUAAAUGUUCUGCUAACUGUGGUAGGAGGUUGCAUGCUUCAAGGCUUCCUGGUGGAGUUACAUGGGGAAUUAAAUCCAUCCAAAAUUCAGAACAUACAUGCAGCGGUGAAUGGGAAUAUGAUGUUUCAAUGGCUCCAAUAACACUUCAUAGGGCGAGAUCUCAGGCAUUGAUUGAGAUGAAAGGUAAGAGGAGCAAAACUGUACAAUGUAGUAAUUGCAAGUCUUUUGGCCACAAUGCUAAGUCUUGCAAAAGACAAGGGUCAAAAAUAUGUGCAGAAUGAGAAGCAAAGAGAAAAUAGCCAAGUUUCCUCCUCGCCCAGAAGAAUAAGACAGUUGUUCCAGCUAGAUUUGCAAUCACAUCCUAUGCAUCUAAAGUUAUUUAUGGUUCUGUAUUUGAUAAACACUAGUUAUAAGUUAAAGCAUAUUAAUUGUUGUAAACUGGAUCACAUACGCUAUUCUGUUGAUUUUCUGGUUUUCUUUUGCCUCGUUUUACAGGUGGAAGUGGAAGUCGGCUUA